CCGUGUGAGGGCAAAUGGGGUGCGCACGGGGGUGCCCAUGUUGCAGUUUCGCCCCCGAGAGCCCUGGUGCCGCGGGCCGAGAUGCUCCUCCGGGACUUGGUGCUGCGCCGGGGCUGCUGCUGGUCCUCACUGCUGCUGCACUGCGCGCUCCACCCGCUCUGGGGCUUCGUGCAGGUGACUCACGGGGAGCCCCAGAAGUCCUGCUCCAAGGUGACCGACACCUGCCAACACAUCUGCCAGUGCCGGCCCCCUCCCUUGCUGCCGCCACCACCCCCGCCCCCACCGCCUCCCCGACUCCUCUCCGCCCCAGCCCCCAACUCUACCUCGUGCCCCGCGGAGGAAAGCUGGUGGUCGGGGCUGGCCAUCGUCGUCGCGGUAUGUUGCGCUUCCCUGGUGUUUCUCACCGUGCUCGUCAUCAUUUGCUACAAAGCCAUCAAAAGGAAACCACUGAGAAAAGAGGAGAAUGGCACCGGUGUUGCUGAGUAUCCCAUGACCUCCUCGCAGAGCAGCAAAGGGGUGGACGUGAACAGCGCCGUGGUGUGAGUCUGCAGACCCGGACCCGCUGGCCAGAGGGGCACACUGGUGGCGCUGGGAAAGCGAGUGAACCCGAGCUGACGCUGAGCUUGUCCAGGAAUUCCAAAGGAGACACCAUCCUCUUCAGCCUUGACUCCGGUUACCUCACGAGCAAGACACCGGGCUGAGCCAGGAUCCCCUGUACGCAGCUCCUGGGGACAGCCCCACACCCCAGGCCCCGCAUAUCUCCUCUCUGUCUUGUCUUUGAUUUCCUGUCUCCCGGCCGCGCUCUGACAAAGGCAGGGAGAGUCUGUCUGUCUGUCUGUCUGUGCUGGGCCACGGAGGCAUCCUGCUUUGGCCAAGAGAAAGGUGAUCUGGGGCCACUCCCCUGCCAGAAAACCCGUCCUCCUCCCCAGCAAGCCCGUGCACUUCUCCAUUCACCGUACGUCCCGACAGAAGCCAUCGGCAGAGCCACGAGACGUCCCCUUCCAAAGGUGCUUCCCACACAUCUGUCUGUCGCCGCAUCUGCCACUCUCUUCAGUCUUCAGGGCCUGCCUCCUUCCUCCCCUUCGCACCCACAUCCAGGGCCCCUGGCUUGGGACCCCUGCCCCCCUGCCGCGGAGGGCUGUGAGCCCGGCCAGCAGAGGCCCCUCCUGGCAGCAGACAGAGGAGCUCUCUUAGUGUCUGACCUUUCAGGGGCAAAGCAGCUCACUGGGCACCAGGCCAAGGAGCCAGGAAGGACGGAGGCCCCUCGGCCCGUCCUCAGACUCAUCCCGCAGCUGAGCCUCGCAGCACCUGCCGCGUGUGAGCCAGGCCCCGCCCUCAUCCGGCGGAGGCCGCCACUGUGCCAAGCCCCCGUGGGCACCCCGGGCUAGGCU